AUGGCCACAGCAGAAGAAGAUUUCUCGUCAUUGCCACUUACAGAAAGAAUUACUCACAAGAUUUGGAAGGUUCGAAUAGGGGCAUACGAGGAACUUGCAAAAAAAUUUAAAACAGCAGACCCAUCUAAUGACGAUGAGUUUCGACCGUACGAUGGUUUUCUAAAAAAUAUUGUUACAGAUUCGAACGCUGUUGCACAGGAAACAGGACUUUUAACUCUAUUAGCGUUUGUUGAAAAUGCACCUAAUCCCAUAAGGUCAAGAGGUUCUGUUAUACCAGCCAUUGUGGACAAAGUGUUUGGUACUUCUCGCGCUGGAACAAAAAAGAAUGCUGUUAACCUAAUAUUGUUGUAUAUUGAAGUGGAUACGGCUGAUCCUGUUGUGGAAGAUGUUUUGGGAGGUCUAAACGCAAAACAACCAAAAUUAGUCACGACGACAGUAUAUAUAUUAAAAGAAAUUAUAAGACAUUAUGGUGCCAAAACAGUAAAUGUGAAGCCAAUUCUAAAAAUAUUACCUAAAAUAUUUAAUCAUACUGAUAAAAAUGUCAGAAGUGAGGGUACGGAUCUUGUAAUAGAAUUGUAUAAAUGGUUAGGACAAGCAAUAAAUGCACAUUUGCAGCAACUGAAACCAAUCCAGGUUAAAGAAUUAAAUGAAGCUUUCGAGAAACUUCCGCCCGAGAAACCUACACAAACGCGAUUAUUGCGAUCACAACAAGCGGCUGCUGAGGCGGCUGCUGAAGCUGGAGAAGCUAAAGAUUUCUAUGAUCAAUUGGGAUCAUCUAAAUGGAAAGAUCGAAAAGAAGCUCUAGAAGGCCUUUUAGAAAUAUGCAAAACUCCAAAAAUAGCAGAUGGCAAUUACGGAGAAUUAGUCGCUGCUCUUGCCAAGCGUAUGACGGAUUCUAAUAUACUCGUCGUUACAUUAGCUGCGAAUUGUAUAGAUGCUUUGGCCUCGGGUUUACGCGAAGCAUUCGGGAAAUAUAAGCAGACGGUUGUUACUCCGAUUAUAGAAAAAAUUAAAGAAAGGAAACAAUCAGUUGUGGAUGCGUUAGCUGCCGCGUUGGAUGCUGUUUUUCUUACAGUUACAUUUACCGAUGUAUCUGAAGAUUUCAUAGCAGGCGGUAAACAUAAAAAUCCGCAAGUGAAAACGGAAACAAUGAAAUGGCUUGUUCGUUGUCUGAAAAAUACAAAGAUCGCGCCAACCAAAACAGAAAUUAAAUCUCUCGCUGAAAUGAUGGUUAAAUCUUCGGAGGACAGUUUUGAGCCUGUGCGUGUGGCAGCCUUUGAAGGUCUUGGCACUUUGAUGAAGGUCAUUAGCGAAAAAGGGAUGAAUCCUUUUCUAGAGGGAAUGGAUGAUAUUAAAAAGGCCAAAGUUAAAGAAUUUUACGAAAAGGCUGAAGUUAAAGUCAAAGUUUCUACUGCGAAGCGACCUCCAGUUGCUCCAGAACCUCAAAAAUCUAAAGCCGCCAAAAAGCCACCUGCUAAAUCCGACGCGGCUGCUGCACCCAAAAAGACUGCACCUGCUAAGAAGCCUGCUGUGGCAUCAACAUCAGCACCGAAAAAAGCUGGAAAGACACCUGCAGCUGCAGCACCUCCACCAGCUAAAAAAGGCGCCAAGGCAGAAGAGCCAAUAAAAUACAAAUAUACUAACGAAGAAGUAGAGGAAAAAUUUGCAGAAUUAGUCCCUGAAAGUGAGACUGCUGACCUUGGAGACAAAAACUGGAAACUACGUUUAGCAGCAAUCGAGAAUUUACAUAAUACUUUGGACCAGAUGGAUUCUUCAGAAAUACAAGAUGAACUGGUGAUAAGAUUCCUGGCUAAAAAACCUGGCUGGAAAGAAAGCAAUUUUCAGGUUAUGAGCAAAGUCUUCAAUCUUAUGGAAAUGCUGGCAGACAAAAUCCCAUCAUUCUCAAAACCCGCUGCAACUCUUGCUAUACCAAUCCUCAUGGAAAAGUUGGGCGAUAUCAAACUCAAGAAAAGCGCCGGCGAUUGCCUGACUAAAUUUUGCGAAAAAACUUCGCUUCAGUUCGUGCUUAGUCAAGCUUAUGACCCACUACGGAAAGCCAAAUCACCGAAAAUAUUAGCGGACUCGUUAAUAUGGGUUCAGGGUGCCGUCAUGGAGUUUGGCAUAACCGGGCUCCAAGUUCGAGAGUUGAUCGAUUUCCUGAAAUUUGCUCUAAGCAGUUCGAAUGCGGCUGUUCGUACAAAUGCAGUCACGGUUCUGGGAGCUUUACGAAUUUUCGUCGGCCCCGGUAUUCGCACAUUUGUUCAAGAUUUGAGUGCAGCACAGCUUGCUACCAUUGACGCUGAAUUCGAAAAAGUCGCAGACCAAGCGCCACCACAACCAUCUAAAUCUAGUGCAGAAUUUGCGGGGUCUAGUGGAGGAGACGCCUUAGAAGAACUUUUUCCCAAAGUUGAUAUUGGGGCUCAAUUUACUAGUAAAAUGAUUGCUGAUUGUAAUGAUGAUAAAUGGAAAACUCGAAAAGAAGGACUCGAACAAAUUAAAGCUAUCGUAGAUGCUCAUCAAAAGAUAAAACCAAAUCUAGGUGAUUUUGUACCGGUGCUGAAGGUGCGACUGUCAGAUAGCAAUAAAAGUUUGCAAAUGAUGGCUCUCGAGAUUUGCGGUAAAAUUGCAACUGCAAUGGGCAAACCAUUUGAACGAUACGUGAAAAUAUUUGUUGGUCCUGUGACUGCUAUACUCACAGAUCAAAAGGCUACAGUACGUGGUAGUGCAGUCGUGACAUUGGAAAGCUUUGCAAAUGCCACGGGACUUGAACCCCUGGUAAAUUCUCUUGCGACUAGUUUAGCAACAGAUAAUCCCCUAUUGCGAAAAGUUCUACUUAGUUGGCUAUCUGAACGUCUCGAGAAAGGCGAAGAAAAAGGGAAAAAAUCACCUGACUUUAAGCCGUUGGUUGUUCCAUUAUUGUCAUGUCUAGCCGAUCGUAACGGAGAUGUGAGAAAAUCCGCACAAGCUUGUUUAGGCCCUAUAGUCAAUGGCGCUGGUUAUGACUUUGUAGUGACAAAAUGUGGAGAUCUCAAGGGCGCUGUGAAACAAUCAAUCAUGCCAAUGAUUGAAGCAGUGAGACCUGUUGGUGGAACUGGAACUCAAAAUAAAAAACUUGGUCAAAAAUCUCGUCCUGGCGCUUCUAUAUCCAAGCGUUUGGGUUUGCCCGGUCAAAAAUCUCGCCCUGGUGCUUUUAUACCCCAGCGUGAUUCAUCUCCAGAAAAAGACGACGAAGAGCCUGAGCCGCUCCCAUUACCUUCAUUGCCCGGUCUUCGUCGUCCAACCGGAAGAUUAGUACCUCCUUCCGCGCAGCCGUCUUCCGAACCGCCUGGUUCUUUGUUAAAUAACAAUGGAAGUGGCAUUGGAAGUGGCAUUGGAAGUGGUAUUGGAAGUGGUAUUGGAAGUGGCAUUGGAAGAGGUUUGGGUUUGCCCGGUCCAUCGUCACGUCUUCAAUUCUCGAGAUUACGUAAAGGAAUGAACGGCCUGAAUGGAGCCCCCGUUCCAAUUCAUUCUCAGAAUAUCGAAUCAAAUAGAGAAUUAACACAAAUGGAUAUUGAUCCUCCAGAAAAUUCGAUUGAACAUUUAAUUGAAAAAAUCACAAGUCCUGAUCCACAGCAGAGCAUCGAAGGUUUAAAAGAAGUGGAUAAAGAACUCAACGGAUCUCCCGACAAAGUUCUGGGGCAUGUUGACAAACUUGUCAAUGCUUUGACUCUUCAGAUUCGAUUGUCAUAUCCAUUAAUUGAACCACAAAAAAAUACAAUAAUACGCUUAUGCAAACAUUUAGUAAAUGCACUAGUAUUGCUUUUUUCCAAUAAAGAUUUGGCAUCUACAGCGUCACAAGAUUCACUUCAUAGAUUAUUUGAAGAACUGGUGAAUCGUUUACUCGACACCAACAUUCAAAAUAUGGAUUGUAAUCAACAUCUAUCGAAAGCAUUGAAUGUUGCAAUGGUUAAAGUAUUAGAGAAUAGUAAUCGAAAUGCAACAUACAGUGCAUUAAUAUUGAUUCUAGAAAGAGCAACAGUCAACCUACGAGAUUUAUCAAGUUCCGAAGCCACCGAUCAAAUAAAAUUUACUGAACUGAUCAUGAAAUGUCUUUGGAAGUUAGCUAAAUCAGUGCAAGAGAAUCUCAAAGCAGGGACUUUAAGGCCAAAUCAACUUUUGCGGGAUCUCAAUAAUUUCUUUUUAGCAACUCCUCCAGCAGAAUGGAAGCGUCGUGCAGCAGAAAGUGUGCCAUUAGGAGAAUUGCCCCUUCGUACAGUAAAGACUUUAUUACUAGAGCUAGUAACCGGACUUGGAGAUGAAGUUUAUGGUCAUCUUGAUUUAAUAGAGGAUCCUCAACGAACUCCAGCUCCUAAUCAUAGUAUUAUCAGGCCACCUAAUAAUAGUACCAUUAAGCCACCUAAUAAUAGUACCAUUAAGCCACCUAAUAAUAGUACCAUUAAGCCACCUAAUAAUAGUAUUAUUAAACCACCAGCUACCACAUUUACCCGUUCAGCAGAACCCAAUGUUCGUAAUAUUCCAACUCCAACUACCACAUUUACCCGUCCAUCAGAACCCAAUGUUCGUAAUACUCCAACUCCUGAUAUGCCCUUACCUGGUCUGAAUGAAACACAAUCUAACAGUUCAGAACCAGUUAGUCCGACAUCACCACGAACUCCUAUGUCAGCGCGCUUCCCAACCUCUAAUGGAAGUUCUAAUUCAUCCGAAAUAGAUGUAAACUCUAGAUUAACUUCUAUUUACGUGAAAAUCGGUUCACGAGAAGAAACAAAGCAGGGUAUAUAUGAAUUAUACGAAUUCCAACAAGAACAUCCUGAAAUGGAACCUAAAAUAAAUGCACACUUAUCAAAAGCUGGUGUAUAUUUCCAACAAUACAUAAAGCGUGCACUUGCGAAUAUUGCGGAAGAAGAGGAGCAAAAGCGUACACUUGUUGAAAAUAAGAAAAUACCAAUGAAAGUUGAACUUGAAAGCAACGAAAAUCCUCCAGAAGAAGAUGACGAGUAUCAUCAAAAAUUAUUACGAUUGCAGCAGAUGUUUGGUUAUCGAAAGGAAGCAACUACUACUUUCAAUAGACAUAUACAGGAAACAAAUGAUAAUGAAUAA